UCAUCCAACAGCCACAAUCCCUCUCUUCUCUCCCUCUCGCAGCCAUUCGCUCAAAGCUCAAUCUACCCGAGCUCCUCCGGAAAUGGCGACAUCGUCGAGCACUGAAGUGUCCACGAGGCUUCAGCUCAUCGAGCAACACCUCCUCGGCGAGUUCUCUCCGAUGGGAGCCGCCUUCCCGGCUCAUCUCACCACCGCCGCCGCCGUCACCACCCAAUCCUCCUACCCCAUCGCUUUCGAACCUGCAAUCGAACUCUCUCGCUCCGAAUCUCUCUCCUCCGUCUCCUUCUCCGGCUUCGGUUGCCUCCCAAAUGAAGACCUCUUCGAGUUCGACGUCAGCUCGAUCUCCUUCGAGCAAAACCGGAGCGAGAGCUUCAGUUUCGAACCGAAACCUCAAAAUCUAGACCUAAUCCCUCCGAUGGCAGUGAAUUCGAGCUCAUCGAUGAGCUCUGAAACUGAAUGGUUCUUCGAGUUCGAAGAGAAACCGGUAAUAUUCAGUGAAAUGGCCUCGAAAACCUCGCAAUUGAGCAAGAAACCGUCGCUGAAGAUCGCGCUGCCUAGCAAAGUUGAGUUGCUGCGGUUUGCCGAGCCGAAUCAGACUGUUCAAAAAGGUUCGAAUCAAGCAACCGACGAACAGAGGCACUAUAGAGGAGUCCGGCGGAGGCCGUGGGGGAGGUUCGCGGCGGAGAUCAGAGACCCGAACCGGAAGGGCUCGCGAGUAUGGCUCGGCACCUUCGACACCUCAAUCGAAGCCGCAAAGGCCUACGACCGGGCCGCCUUCAAUCUCCGCGGCUCGAAGGCGAUCCUCAACUUCCCUCUCGAUGCCGGCAAGCCCGAGCCGCCAGCGUCCCCGGCCGAUGGCAAGAAACGACGCCGUGAGGAGGACGAGAGCGAGGUCAUGGUGAAGAAGGAGAAGGUGGUGGAGUCAGAUGCAGGCAAAUGUAGGGACAUUCCUUUGACGCCGUCUAGUUGGACGAGGACCUGGGACUGUGAUGCUGCGACGGGGAUCUUCAACGUUCCUCUGCUGUCGCCGUUAUCUCCGAUUCCGACGUUAGGGUUUCCCCAGCUCAUGGUCAAAUGAGAAGUGUCUCUGUUUUUCCGCUUUCCUUUUUUUGGAGAAACGAUGUGCAUAGUUUGGCGAUGUAAGGGUUAGGAGUUGAGAAGAUGAUUGUUGAAAUGAAUUAUCACUUCCAGGCGCAUGUAAUGCAUGGCAAAUGACAAUCUUUUGGCUGAAAUGAAGGUGUGACCGAUUGAUCGAAA